AUGUUCUUCUACUCACCCAACGUCGCGUCUUCAUCGUCGGCCAGCCAUCGAAGAGGCACACUGACACAUCAACAUCAUCUGCAUGUCGGACACUUGGACACUCGACUUUCGGUUCAAAUUCCCGAAAUUUUGAGCCGCAACUUUGGUCAUCAUGACCCAGAACGCGCUCGCUUGGUCCCUGAGCAUCUUCGAUUUCUAGUUGAUGAAAAUCAAGAACUAUGGACCGGUGGAAACCAGCCACCUGUUGGCAUUCUAGAGCUUUGUGCUGCUUCCCCGGUGGAUUCUGUAUUCUCUACCAAUGAUGCUAGACGUCACAGUCAACGGAAACUCAUAUUACGGAGGCCCACUAUUUCUAUACAGGAAGAUGGGAAAAUUAUAAUUGAUCAUGUGACAGCUCGGUGGGAAGGUGCGAAUAUCAAUUCACAAUCGGCGCUUCUGGAUGCAGAUGACGGUGCUACAGUAAUCACAGACACUAUCAAAGAUGAUCAAGAGGAUAAGGAGCCAAAAAGCUGUCCGCAACAGACAGUGAAAUACAUCAAAAUCCUUCUACCUCACGUGAUCUUGGUGUCAGUGCUGAUUGGUUAUUUGUGCUUGGGAGCUUGGAUACUCAUGCUGUUGGAAACGAGGACAGAGCUGCUUUCCAGAUCAAAGAAACUUGUCAGGUUAACAAAUUUGAUGUCCAACUUCACAGCAGAAAGCUGGAGAAUGCUCAGCGACGCUCAACACGGAUCGAUCACAAUGGAUGAAGGCGAGUGGGCAGCGACGUUUCGAGAAUGGAUGGUCCGCGUGUCAGAAACAGUCGACGAUCGACGACCCAUCCGACGGGAAUUAAACCGACCUGACGAUCUAUCAAAUAUGCAUAACAAAUGGACGUUUCCAACGGCGUUACUCUACGUGUUGACUGUCUUAACUACUUGCGGUUAUGGAGAAGUGUCCGUCGAUACGGAUGUCGGAAAAGUGUUCUCCGUGGCGUUCGCACUGGUUGGCAUCCCACUUAUGUUCAUAACAGCCGCCGAUAUCGGAAAGUUCUUAUCUGAAACAUUGCUCAAAUUUGUUAGUUUUUGGAAUCGAAGUGUCAGAAAAGUAAAACAAUGGAUGAGUCGUGUGCGACACGGCCGAAGAAAGUCACUACAGUCAACGGGUGGCCAAAACGAUACCCUUGAUAUUUUGGGUGUCGAUGGAACUGAAGAGAAGCUUUGGUUCCCAAUAGGUGCCUACGUGUCAUGUAUCUGCCUAUAUUGCUCAAUGGGAUCUGCGAUGUUUAUCAACUGGGAGAGAACCUGGUCUUUCAUCCAUGCCUUUCACUUUGGUUUUAAUCUAAUUGUCACAGUGGGUCUUGGCGACAUUGUUGUUACGGAUUACAUAUUUCUCUCAUUAAUUGUGGCCUUCGUUAUAGUUGGACUGUCGGUGGUGACCAUGUGCGUUGAUUUGGCGUCAACUCAUCUCAAGGCCUAUUUCACUAGAAUCCACUAUUUCGGACGGGCGAAACGAUUCCUUGGAAUGAGUGAAGAGCUCAAAGAAAUCGUAGCGUUGCUCGGUGCGAUGCGACGGAAAAAGGGCGGAAAAGUGACGUGGAAUGAUGUCCGUGACUUUUUAGACAACGAACUCCGCGAUCGACCCUUUGAACCACAUGAGCUGCUCAUGAAGCUCAGAUUUAUAGACGAAACGUCAUCAGGAAUGUCCACCAUCCGUCACAAUUCGUUCCAAUCCGAUUUCUUCCGCGAAUCCGAGUACAUUCGACGAGUGGCCGCACUGAGGCCGGAGCAACCAGCAUAUUUGUAA